AGAAAGGACUGCCUCUAUUUUCACGUCUUCAAAAAAUAUAUCCUACCAACACCGCCACAGGAGGUAAACAAUUGUUUUCUUUAUCCCUUAAAACGAUAAUACACGCCACCACCACAAAAAAAGAAUUUAAAAAAUGUCCACCUCUUCCGCCGACAAGUUCGAUAAACUCUCCACGCUGCCCCCGGAUUCCAUCUUCCACCUGGCGCAGAAGGCGAAGGCCGCCACCGGCCCGAAGGCAGAUCUGAUUAUCGGCGCCUACCGCGAUGAGCACGGUCGUCCGUACCCGCUGAAGACGGUGCGUAAGGCGGAGCAGCGUCUGUUGGAUAUGAACCUCGACUACGAGUACUUGCCCAUCGCGGGCUACAAACCCUUUAUUGAUGAGGCGACGAAGAUCAUCUACGCCGACACGGUGGCGCCGGACCACCUCGUGGCGGUGCAGACGCUCAGCGGCACCGGUGCGGUCGCCCUCGGCGCCAAGCUGCUGACACACGUCUACGACCCAGUGACCACCCCCAUCUACCUGUCGAACCCGACCUGGCCGAAUCACCACGCCAUCCUCCCGGCGGCGGGCUGGAAGGACAUCCGCAGCUACAGCUACUACGACCCCGAGACGAUGAGUCUCGAUUUCGAGGGCAUGAAGAAGGACAUCCACACUGCGCCGAAUGGCUCCAUCUUCGUGCUGCACCAGUGCGCGCACAACCCCACCGGUGUGGACCCGACCCACGCGCAGUGGGAGGAGAUUGCGGACUUGAUGCUGGCUAAAAAGCACCAGGUGUUCUUUGAUUCCGCCUACCAGGGCUACGCAAGUGGCAGUCUCGACGAAGACGCCUUCGCGGCUCGGCUCUUUGUGAAAAAGGGCAUUCAGUUUCUCCUUGCGCAGUCCUUCUCCAAGAACAUGGGUCUCUACAACGAGCGCAUUGGCACGCUCUCCGUGGUGCUACACAACCCGGAGAAGGCGGCGGCGGUCAAGACCCACCUCGAGUUACUGAUCCGCGCCAACUACUCCAACCCGCCGGCGCACGGCGCUCGUCUGGUGCACCUCGUGUUGAGCGACAAGGAACUGCGCAAGGAGUGGGAAGCGGAGCUGGCGGACAUGGCCGGUCGUAUUCGCACGAUGCGCCGCACUGUCUACAACGAGCUGAAGCGACUGGAGACGCCCGGCAGCUGGGAGCACGUGAUCAACCAGAUCGGCAUGUUCUCCUUCCUCGGCCUGACCAAGGAGCAAUGCCAGUACUGCCAGGACCACAACGUCUUCAUCACGCUGACGGGGCGCGCGAACAUGGCGGGUCUGACGCACGACACUGCCCUGAUGCUCGUCAAGACGGUCGACGAGGCAGUUCGCACCGUUUAACACUGAAGGCAACUAUCGUGGAAGCGAAUGCAUAUCGAUUUCUUUGCCGCAUUUUUUCUUUUUUAUCUAGCUACCUGUGCGCAUUCUUCACAUGCCGUCCUUGUUCUGUUUUGUUUACCAGGUGCUAAGUCACUGCACUGCUGGUCGCAAUAGCAGUAGCCGCAAAACCUGUUUUUACCCCCUUAUAAUUUUUACUUCAUUUUAUUUUCUUUUCGAAACAAACGCAAUCGUUCCCUUCAACGCACUGGCAUCGGCAAAGGCGUCUGGGUGAAUAACCACGACGUACAUCGUGUACUAGUUGAUUCAGAGCAAAGCCCAGUCGUUCGGAUCCCACAACAUGAACCGGCACCUCGUAGUGAUUGAUUGUUUCUUCCGAGAUCGCUUGCUUUAUUGUUUCUUUCUUGGUUUUGAGAUGUAGUCGAGUGGUGUCCUUUCAGCACCGUUGCGAUCCAAUGGACGCAAAAUGAGCAGGAAGCACACGCAACACCCUAUUCCGGGGGAAAUAAUCCUUCCCUAGGAGUAUUCAAUGGAUCGAUUUGUCAUUCGCUUUUUGUUUUUAAGCAUUUACGCCUACCCUUGUUUUACGUUUGUCGUUUCGUUUACAUGUCUCACGAAA